AUGGCCGUGAUUUGGGGCCUGGAUCUCCACGAGAUCCAAUUCUACAAGUUCAAGGGGAAACAUAUGUUCAGUCGUGUCUAUCACUUACGACGCACAAGGAUGAUUGUCUACCAACUGGCCAUGAUCUUCUGUGUAUGCUCUGAGUCAGUAGGGACAGCAGCCCUAUCAGACUAUCUCGACCAACAAAGCAACAUCCAGGGGCAACACCCAGGGGUCAAAGUCCACAACAACAGUUUCAUCGGUGCAGCCUCGUACAAUAUAUUCGUGGGAAUCUCCGUGGCCACGAUCUUCGGCGCGGCGUUUUUUUUCGACCUCUUCUGGCCCGACAGAUAUGAGAGUCCAUCCGUCCGAUUAGCGUGGAAAAUAUGCGCGGUGGUCGUCUCGAUAAUGAUGCUGAGCUCUGCUCUUCUCAUGACGGUCAUCACUGCCAUGUACAGUGCACGUAUCACCGGCACGGACGCCGCCUCCGCGAGAAAGUUCUGGUCGGAGGCCGAGAAGAAACCCGCCCUGGAAUACAGAACUAAUCCCAAGGCAGUUGCCUCGGCUGUUCUAGCGUGGCCCGGCUGGGUCGCGACUACUGUUAGUACUGUUGUCCUUUUCAUGUCCAAAAAGCAUGACGAUCAGUACGGUGCCAAGUCUAAAUAUGGUCGAACCCUGGAGAACGGGGGGGAUACCCCGGAAACAGAGGCCAAACCUAUUACAACGUAA